GCGGGAAGAAAGACCAUGGCGCAUGAAGCAUAGAGAAGCACUCUUCCGCCCUCACCUGCUUCACUGUUUAACAACCGGACAAGCUGUUUCUAUGACUACUAAGAAUGCAACAGAUCACAGCCAGGAACAACAACAAUCCAGCAAGAUGAAAAAUAGCAGUGUGGAAGAGGAGACACUGGCCCCACCCCCUCCCCCCCGCUCAUCGUUGCGCUCUGGCCGUUCCCAAACGUACUCCAGAGGAAAAGGUCGAGGCUGGGUUACGUUUGCUCAGGACAGCCCCGGCAACGACUCCUCCGACGUCUCACCUUCGAAACCCCAGGACCUCCAAGCCGACCCCCAGCCACUCCAAGCUCGACCCAGAGCCGAACGCUGUGCACGUUUUGACAGAUCCAAUCCCAUAGAUCCAAUCCCACAAGGCCUAGUACAGACCCCAAAAGCCUGGGCCUCAGGGUUAAACCCUGCCCACUGGACUACCCUCUCACACAGCCUGACACCUCCGCUCCAGCCCCCACCAGGGACACAACCUCACAGAGACACAGAGCUGGACCUAGAGACCCACACCAGCAGACUGCUGAGGCUAACCUCAGACCUGUAUGUGGCAGCCCACCAAUCAGACGUCUCCACUGUCCUCCGGCGGCUUACCGAAGGGGCCCAGUGGCAGGGGCCAGUCCGCAGGAGUGUGUCCGUGGACAGGCUGCUGGAUCAUCAGAGGUCCAUGCCUCACCGGGCCCCCAGAUCUCGCCGCGGAGGAUCUCCUCCCAGGCAGAGUGUGGAGCAGGGCUGUCUGGCUCCUCUGACUCCCAUUGGGCAGAUGGACGUCACAGUGCAGCGGCCUUGUCCUCCCUGUGCUUUUUCAUGUUCUCCUGGGCCUGACCACAAAACGCAGACCUCCAGGUACCAUCCUGACCGAGCCACACAGAGCUCCAGACCAGGGGUUGGGGACUGCCACUUUUUGUCCGGCUCUCCCUCUUCCCAGCAUGGGGUGGCAGAGCUUUCCUCCUCCCUGAGAGGACUCCUGGGCCUGGUGGAUCAGCACUGGGAGGGCCCACGCUCACUCCACGUCAACCCCAGCUUCCUGGGCCAGGCCUAUGACAUCCUCUCUGCCCUGAUACCCCAUUCUGCUACUCCCUGUCGGAGAGAGGAGGAUGAAAAGAGAGAUGGACAGAGAAACAGAGGAGAAGAAGAGUGUGAGAUUGGUAAUGAUGUCACACCACAGUGCAGUGAAGUAGCCCUACUGAAGAGGAAACUGGCGCUCACCCAACAGCAGCUGGAGGUCUUGAAGAAGAGACUGGCAGAAGCGCUGAAAGAAAACUAUAUUUUGAGACUAACUAGUCUAAAGCAGGAUUCGUCUGUCACGUCUGACACAGACGAUUACAGGCAGUGUGUGCAGAGACAGGUGAAGGCAUUGAGAGAGCAAGAGACACACCUGAUACAUCUUGAGCAGAUAAUAGAACUAUUACAAGACAAUCACAGGUCUUUGCUGGUCAAUAAUAACUUGGUCUUGGGAAAGCUGAAUAGACAAACAGAAGUUAUUGAGUCCAGAGAAGUCCCAUCAGCACACAAGAAUCCAGCCAGCAGAUUCUGACCAGGGGCC